AUGCUCUGUUUUACUCUCUUCUCUCUUCUGUUCUUAGCGACGACUACCGCUCUUAACUUCGACUGGGAGCGCGAACAACUCACUGGCGAGGACGCGGCUCGCAAUCAAGCAUUGCGUUUUGGUAGUGCAUCGGUGACGGCGACGUCUGGUAGCUGUAAGAUCAUUCCACAUGACGCUGAGUGGCCGAGCGAGGAUGCCUGGGCGUCUUUCAACAAUACGCUCGGUGGUGUGUUGUUGAAGCCCAAGCCGCUUGCCAGUGUCUGUUAUGCUGGCGAGGGCUACAGUGCUGCAAAAUGCGACCAGUUGAAGGGGAGUUGGGCAGGCAUGAAUAUACACUCCGAUGAUCCGGCGAGUAUCCUAUCUCAAUGGGCAUCUGGCAAUACGUGCACGCCAACCUCACAGCCAGACUCAAAUUGUACCCAAGGCGGUUGGCCAGAGUAUGUUGUCAAAGCCACUACAGUAAGACACAUUCAACUCGCAGUCAACUUCGCUAGGAAUCAGAACAUUCGGCUUGUCAUCAAGAAUUCGGGUCAUGAUUUCAACGGGAAGUCCAUCGGUGGUUAUUCUCUUAGUGUAUGGACGCACAACCUCAAAGGCAUAGCGUACGACCCUAGUUACACAUCGCCCACUGUUUCAUAUACGGGAAGAGCGGUUACAUACGCCGCUGGUGUGCAGGCUUAUGAAGGUUCUACAUUGAUGCGACAGAAGAACAUGGUCAUGAUCGUUGCAGGAGGAGGGACCGUAGGUAUCGCAGGUGGUUUCCUCCAAGUGCUUGCCAUCACGGCUGUUACAGCCGAUGGCAAGGUGGUAGAAGCACAUGAGGGAGAGAACGCUGAUUUGUUCUGGGCUUUCCGCGGAGGUGGUGGAGGAACAUUCGGGAUCAUCACGUCUGUCGUCGUUAAAGCGUUUCCAGUCACGCCCCUAGCAUCGAGCAGUAUCCGUUUCUCGACCACACCAGAUCGCGGAUCAACUGCGCCUCCGAUCUCCACGGAAACCUUCUGGGCUGGCAUGCGAGCGUACUGGGAAUUCUCAGUCGCCAUCUGUGAUGCAGGCGGCUUGGGUUACAGCUUCAUUUACCCUAACAGUAGUACUACUGGUCUUACUUUCACCGUCAGUAUAUCUGUACCAAACCAAACUACAACAGAACAUCGACGUUUCGUGCGCCCGCUACUUCAGAAGCUAAAUGAUAUGGGCAUUCAACAGGCUAUGCCGAUAGUAGGACGGUCUCUCACAUCUCCAUCGUCGUAUGAAGAAGGAUACAAACACGAACCACCACAUCUCUCCAAAAGGGUACUGGGCGAAACAACAGGCCACACAAUGAUAGCAUCCCGGUUCUUUCCUCGUACCGCCUUCUCCAAUAUCUCUACUCUAGAAUCCUCACACCUCGCCAUCCGUCACGUUGUCGAAAACGGCUCCCUGACCUUCCAUGGUAUGAACUACGCACCUACCCUCUCGGUUUCUGGAAACCCCAACAACGCCGUGAACCCUGCUUUCCGCACCACAGUUCUACAUGCCCAAGCCUAUGAGCCAAACGCACACUGGGAUGGCCAAGCUCCCAUUCUCUCGCAUGAGGCGCUGACGGAAAGGCAUGAGAGGCUACAGGCCUAUAUGCAGGUUUGGCGGGAUGUCACGGUAGGGAGUGGAAGCUAUAUCAAUGAGGGGGACGCGCAGGAUUGGGAGUGGAAGGAAGCGUUCUUUGGGAGUAACUACGAUAAAUUGGCUAUAGUCAAGAAGAAGUAUGAUCCUGAAGGGUUGUUUUGGGCGAUUGGGGGUGUUGGCAGUGAUGAGUGGGAGAUCAGAGAUGUCGAUGGUAAGAAGAGAGAGGGAAUUGUCACGCAGGAUGGCAGACUAUGCAAGGUAGGUCUGUAA